GUGGGAUUUCCAAAGGAUCUCCAGGAUAUUUUGAUUGGUUGAACUUGUCUUACAGAUGACGACUUUCUCAAAACCCCUGAAUGCACAGCCUGUGACGUCAGAACGCCUCCUCAUACUCUUGCCAUAUUUAUAAGUCUUGAAGUAGGUUAUCAGAGAGCUUCCGAAAGUGACAAUACAUUUCCCUACCUACUCGUACAAUAAGGCCCAAAAACAAGCAAAAACCACUACACCAUUCUCGUUCCCAAAGCGAAAAUGAACAGCACCAACAAAAGCGGAGUAUCCUCGGGUGUGACCUGGGUCACAUCGACAGUUGGGUGAGUUACUACUACAGGCCCCAAGUGGUAUUAUUUCUAAUAUUUCUUAGGAAUGGAGUUGGUGGUGUCGUAGAUACGGCUGGGACAGUUGUUGGAGCAGCAGGUCGUGGUGUUGGAGAUACUGUCACUGGUGUAACAGGGAAGGCAGGAAAGCCAGUUGGUGAUGGAAUCAAAUACGUCACCGACGGCAUUGAGGAUGGAGCGGCAAACGUGGCUGGUGGUGUUAAGAGAGCUGGGGAAGGAAAAUAG